AAAAGAUAAGAUAGACCACUAGCAAUGGCAUGAUUAUAAAUACAACUGUAAAUAUAUUUUUAAGUCUUAGUAAUUGAAAGAUUUUGAGUAAAUGGGUUCUCUAAUGGCUGGAUGGGAUUCACAUAUGCCAGAUCCUGAAUUAGUGAGAUUCAAGAGGAAUCGGUCACUUACCAAGGAAGAGAUCGAUGCUUACUGGAGACAGAAGAAGAAAACUGAAGAGGAACAUCUCAAGGCUAUUUCUAGUCCAUCAGAAAAGAAUCAGAGAAGUUGUGAUGAGGAAUCUGAAAUCAAGUUCCAGAGAUCAAGCUCCUUGCCUCUGACCAAUGCCAAGGAUGGUUCCAUGAACAUGGAUAAAGAAACAAGCUUGGAGAAUUUCAUAAAAAAUAACUGCUGGUGGACUAUGAGCAACUGGGCAUUUCUAAAUGAACCCCCUGUUCUUGAAGGCAAUUCCAAGACUUACGCAGCUCAGUUCCACAUUGCCAAUCUUGCAACCUCCAAAUCAAAAACAGAUGCUGAAAUUAGUAGCUAUUAGUUGCUCUGUCCUUUGUCUUUGUUUGACUUUUUAUAUGUAUCAUAUGCCACAUAACCUAAAUUACUUGCAACUCUAGGCUACCACUUUGUGAAUUGGAUGGUGUAAAUUCGAAGGUAUAAGGGGACGCGUUCAUGUAUAGGCAGUUGUUGGAUUUUGGUUUGUCAACUAAGUGUGUAGUAUAAUUUCAUCAGAAGACGUUUGUUAUUGGGAGUUUUAAACUUUCUUUGUAU